CCCACAUUUACUCAGUGCAGUGGCACCAUGCUGAGCAGAUUCCACUUCUUUCUUCUGGGUCUUGGAUGUCUUCUUUUCUGCAGAGGAAUAGGAGCUUCUUAUUAUGCGCAGUAUGGAUCUGGUGACUACAGCGGGAGUGGUAGUGAUGGUGACGGUGACCUGGAUUGUGGUCCUAAUGCUGUUCCCUAUAACAUCUCCAGUUGUGUCUGUGAAGAAGGGUUCAUGUCCACAUCUGGAAGGGAGCCUUUCCUGAGUAUCAAUGAGUCCAGCUGUGAGGAAAUCCCCUUUCACUGCCAAUCAGAUUUAGCAAAAGACGAUGAAUACGUGCAGACGUGUUUGAAUGGAUUAUACCAAAUCCUGCCAGGAAGUAGGGAAGCCAUGUUCUGCUCUCUGUUCAACACCACCUUGAAGAUCUUUAAGGCUUCCUGUGGGAAUACCAGCUCGACACCUACCCUGAAGAAUACGGUGGCAUCCUUUGACAAAGUCCUUGAUGACAUCUCCGUCAAGUCAUUGGACAAAAAGGAAGUGGCUUCUGCUGCAACGCUGAUUCUUCAGGGACUGAGUUCAGCUGCACUGGCGGCUGCCCUUGCCUCUCCAGAGAACCGAACCCAGACUGUGACUACUGACCAAAUGGUGGUCCAGACCAAGCUUGUUGAUGGGUACUGUGACUUGCAGACUAAUUCUCUCAGACUUGACGCUCAAAAAGACACCAUUGAUAUUCACUGCACUGACAUCACUGAAGAUGGGAAAGGUUCUGCUGCUGUGGCUUUUAUAUCCUACACGGAUCUGGCGUCAGUUCUGGGAAUACAGUUUUUUCAGGAGAAAGCUCUGCAGAGGGAAGAGUAUGCUCAUAUAAACUCUCGAGUGGUGAGCGCCACUAGCAGCACACAGAGAAGAAACGUUACCAAUCCUGUCAACCUCACCUUCCGUCAUAAUACGGACAUGUUCCCCCAGGACGAAGUCAUCUGUGUCCACUGGAACUCAGAAGGCUCGAAUGGUACCUGGUCCUCCCAGGGCUGCCAACGUCUUCAGUCCAACAUCACUCACUCACAGUGCAGCUGUUACUACCUGGCCAGCUUUGCAAUACUGAUGUCACCUAGUCCCAUAAAGGCCAGUGUUGCCCUCUCUAUUAUCAGCUACGCUGGGCUGAUGAUCUCCCUGAUCUGCCUCAUCCUGGCUAUCGUUACCUUCCUCUUCUCUCACACCGUCAAGAAUACCAGCAGCAACUUCAUCCACCUGCAGCUGAGCAUUUUCCUCUUCCUGGCUGAUAUUAUCUUCUUAGCAGGAGUAAACCAAACUUACAUCAAGCUCCUGUGUUCCAUAAUUGCCGGUGUUCUGCAUUAUCUCUUCCUGGCUUGUUUUGCUUGGAUGUUCAUGGAAGGAGUGAAUCUUUGCCUCAUUGUCAGGAACCUGAAGGUUGCAAAUUAUGCUGGUGCUGGCAGACACAUGAAGAUAUGCAUGUAUGCCUUUGGCUAUGGAUUCCCUGCUGUGAUUGUGAUGAUCUCUGCAAUCAGUUUCCCAAGUGGUUAUGGAACUCCUUAUCACUGCUGGCUGAGGCUUGAUAGCAAUUUUAAAUGGAGUUUCCUUGGACCAGUCUGCACCAUAAUUAUGACAAAUUUUGGUCUUUUCUGCGUUACUCUGAUAAUUUUGCAAGGGCACCUUUCCUCCCUCAAUACAGAGUUAUCUACUGUGAAGAAUACCAGAUUAUUGACAUUCAAAGCACUGGCUCAUCUCUUCAUCAUGGGCAUCACUUGGGUGCUGGGUCUUUUCCAGUUUGGGGUGCUGGCUGAUUUCAUGGCAUACCUCUUCACCAUCGUCAACAGCAUCCAGGGAGCUUUCAUCUUCCUUGUGCACUGCCUGCUCAAUAGAAAGGUGAGAGAGGAGUAUUGGAACUGGUGUAAGAAGUGUCGUCCAUAUGCAAAAGGAAAGACUUCAAUCUCUGAGGUUUCUAUGGUCACCCUCCCGUCCAGCGCUAUCACGGACGUUCUGCAAAAGACCUACCCAUCUGAGAAUAAGAAGAUGCAAUGGGAGUAAUCUCCAUGUCUUUUUGCCUUCCCUAGUCUGACGCAGUGGAAGUAGGAUGGCAGACUCUGUGUGUCUGAUUCCCUUAAAGCUCCUGCAUCACCAAAGAAUUUCUCUGUUCUCCAACCUUUGAGUGAUAAUGCCUUGAGAUGGUGGAUGUAGAGCCAUCAGGCAAAGCUAUGCGGCUUCAUGAGACGGGAGCUAUGAAGUCCGGAUUCCCCAACCUUUCCCCUGUGCAGAAGGAGUUUAGUUCAGGUUUAUCUUGAGGAGGACCUGCAUGCAUUCCUUACAGCUUAAUUCAACCAGGUUCUUCUUGGCCUAAUUUUGAACCUUCUCUUGAAAUUAGUCCUCUGGUAUUUCCUAGACAUUUUCCUCAAGGCACGGAUUUUAAUCCAGAAUCAGAUUUUCUAUGUCUUGACAUUCACAGUGAUAUGUGAGAUCUGAGGGGUGGCGGCAGGGAUGAUCUUUUGUUCUUUGCUUUACAGAAUACUUUCUACUUCUCAUUUCAGUGCCCAUUGCUUUGUUGUUAGUAUGUCAGAUCUAGGAUCCAGGCACUUUCAGUGGGUGAUGGACAAUAGACAGAUACACCACGUGAAGUGUUUCCAUUAAAACUGCCCUGGUUUCUAUUGCUCGAAUACUGAAAUUUCCCAGGUCUAAAAAAUAAUUCCUCAUAGUCUGAGAGAGGAAAAAAAGAUACUUUCUAUAGCUUUAUUUGAGAAACCACUUUUGAUCAUGGAAUCAAAUUUGUUCCCUGGGGGUAACUGAGGGAGGAGCGGUCACAGCAAGGUUUGUGUGUACAACCAUAACUGUGGUAUUCCCUGACUUCCAUUGGGAGGGCUGGAAGUAGCUUGUCUUGGUGUCACUUUUUGUUUUAAAAUGUCAGCAGUGAUGAAUAGCACCUUACUUCAAGGGAAGUCUCAAAGAUGAAGGAUGGUCCAGCGAGUGGAUGCUAACUCAAGUUCAGUCCCCACCCCAUCACAGACUUCCUUUGUGAGCUGGGACAAAUCAUGAAGCAUCUUUCUGCCUCCAUCACACACUGUCGCUGUGGAUGAUGGCACUGCCCUGUCUCACAAGGGUGGUGUUGUCAUGAGGUGCUCAGAUACUGUGGCAAUAGUAACCAGGUAGGGGACAGCUUCUCAGAUAAUAAGAGCCCCGUAGCAGUGUUCACUUCAGUGGAGCAAAGGCAGUUUACACCCACUGAGGAUCUCGUUCAAAGACUUUGCUAGAACUACUUACAGAGUAUGGUAGGAAGAGUAAGGGGAAUAGACCGUGGGUCUGCGAGGGGGUGGAGAGUAUGUUUAGCAGUUGGAAAUGGGAAGUGUUUUGUAGCUUAUUUUGUAUACAAAUAAAUGUGUGAUC